UGUGUUGGAUGAUGCGAAGAGGCCUUUUGUUUCAUUAGCGCUCAACGCCUCCAAGAGUUCGUACGAAUUCAAACGGUUUUGCUGUGUCCGGCCGAUCGUGAAGCUCGGCAAGCCGUUGGCGUGUGAAACAGCUGUGUAUAUUUUUGUAGCGCCUUUUUGUGCCGUGUUGUUUGUGCUACCUUUACUUCUCUCAUAGUCGAAGAAACUUCUCUAAACCUACUGAAAAUGUCCCGCAUUAUGAGAAUUCAUGAGAACCAGGUAGCAGGAAACCUGCAUGAAGGUGGAAUGAAGAAAGUGGUUGCUGCCAGACGCCCUGUGUUGGGAGAGCUUGGCAACAAGGUGCUGCGCAAUGCUUCCCAGGACCUGCUCGGCAAAGGUGUGGAGAAGGGAGCUGCGCUGAAGAAUGCCAACCCGACGCUGAAGAAUAUUAAGCCACGCGUGGACACUCGAUGGCGAAAGGCGGAUACUGCUGCGGCGGCAGUUGUUGUUCCCAAAAAAGUAGUCACCCGAUCCGAUUCGCAAAAGGUUGCGGUAGAGCCUAAACCGUCUGCCAACGCGGAUGCUGUAAAGGUGCACGUCCAACUGAACAAAGGAAACGAGGUAAAGCAUGUAGCGUUAAAGCGUGAAGACAGCCAGCUGUCGCUGCGGACAUUGGCGAAGCAAAAUCGUAAGGCUCAACCGAAAAGCGCUCCUAGCAGCGGCACCUCAUCAUCGGACGAACAUGGAAUAGUAUCAAUCUCUAAGAAACCCGAAAGAGUGGAGGCCCAUUCGCAAAAGCUGUUGGAAAACAUCGAAAACAUCGAUGCGAAUGAUGGCUGGAAUCCGAUGUUGGUGGCGGAGUACGUGAACGACAUUUACAACUAUUUGAACGAGCUAGAGAGCAGGCCAGGAUAUGCGCUGUGCGAGAACUUCUUGGAUGGUCAUAAAGAGAUUACACAUAAGAUGCGAACGAUUCUGAUCGAUUGGAUCAAUGAAGUGCAUUAUCAGUUCAAACUGGACAUCGACACUUACCACAUGACAGUGUCGCUCAUCGACCGUUAUCUGCAGACGAUGAAAACUGUUCCGAAGAAGAAGCUACAGCUGGUAGGCGUGACGGCGAUGUUCAUUGCAUCCAAAUACGAGGAACUGUUUCCACCAGAGAUACAAGAUUUUGUGUACAUAACCGACGACACAUACCAGAAGUAUCAAAUUCUCGAGAUGGAAAAGGAAAUGGUGAGAACGUUGGACUUCAAUCUGGGAAAACCUCUUCCAACCCAUUUCCUGCGUCGGUUUUCGAAGGCAGCGAAGGCGUCGGACGUAAAUCAUGUGCUGGCAAAGUAUCUUAUUGAGCUUGCCAGUGUGGAUUACAGUACCGCGCAUUACAAACCAUCGGAGAUUGCGGCAGCUGCGUUGUACAUAUCGUUGUAUCUGUUUCCACUAACAUCCAACGGCGGGAACGGUACGAGUGCAAUAAUCUGGACUAAAACACUGGAGCAUUACACGCACUACAAUGUAAAGUACUUGGGGCCAAUUGUGCAGCGGCUCGCAAAGGUGAUCAAGGCUGUUCCCAAAAUGAUGGAUAAGAAGGUUAAAUAUCCUUGGUUGAAGUACUCCUCGUCUAAAUUUCAAUGUAUUUCGACGCAUCCUAAACUAAAAGGAUCAGAAAUCGAGGAGUUGCUCAACAAUGAGCUACGUUGUUAGCGGCCAUAAUUAAUUGUUUUGACUAUGUAUGACUUAGCAGUGCUUGUCACUUCGUAGGAAAAUAGUUAAUUUUUUAAAUUAAUGUUCAAAAGAAUGACUGACAAAGCUGCAGGCCAAGACGAAAAUGGUUACAUUCCUGUGUAGUAUGCAAAUAUUUUAAUCAAUUGCUAAUUGUGUUUUGUUUUAGAUUUGUUUAACGUAGUACGAAAAAUAAUAUUAAUGGGCAUAAUACAAUAUUCUCUUGUUUACCUCUGGUCAAUGACGAACGAAAGAAGAGAUGAAACUAAUCAA